AUGAUUACCAACAACAACACCGAAUUGAUCCAAACCACCAGUUCCCAUUUCGCCGUUGCAAUUGCUAUGGCACAGGCCGUAUUCGGUCUUUUCAAGAGCAUCAUUGCUCUGUUAUUAUUCUGGGCGUGUCCGUCGAUGACACCUUCCGUGCCCGAAUACCCCCGCAUGGCUGUUACGGCUAAGGCAGGGCGAAGCACAUCCCGAUAUUCAAUGAUGGUAGCCCCAUCCUCAUCGAUGUCUUUCUCACCUUCCAGCUCUACCUUGGUCGAAACACCGUCAGAAUGCGACGACGCUAUUGCGGAGCCCAAGAAAGCGGGCGCAAAGAAACAUUUCCCGCCGGCGCCUGGCCAUAUGAAGAAAGAAAUCAGGCGUCUCGCUAAGACUGCCAAAGCUGAAAUGAGGCCGUUUGCAUGA